AUGAAAGUAUUCGGGAAUUCCACUAAUCAAACGUUGCUCGCCAUGGCUUGCGAUAUGCCGAAUCUCCGGCGAUAUCACCAGAACACAAAUAUCUCGUCGGCUUGGUGGCAGCCUGUCUACACCAUCGUCCAACCGUGCAUUCCUCCUUCCGUGUCCGACCUCUCACUAACAAUCCGACUCCCCGUUUUCUUCCUGAAGCCUGAUAAAAUCCUUCAGUUCCCGCACUUCUGGGAGUACACCGAAAUGCGACAGCUCACCCUCAUACUGGCCACUCCUGUGGAUGGACUCCACUUGUCUGCGCUUCGGACGCUAGAACAGUUCUUUGCCGCGAUCCCGCCGAACACGCUGCCCCGUCUGGAGUCCUUUACAAUCGAGCUUCCUGUGCGUCCCUCCGUUAACGAGUCGGACUGGCAAUACGCCUCCGUUUGGGAGAAGGGUUCCGCGAAUCUCGGGCCGCUUGUGGAAGUGGGGUCACUGACGAGCGUGUCAUUGGUGCUGAAGCUCACUGGUUACGCGGGGCCCACAGGUCCGCCAGCGAAUGCUGGCGAGAUGGACCUCGGGGUGUAUGAGUAUCUCGUGAGGGUUGUAUCACGGAUAGAGGUCGGGCUGCACCGAUUAUGCAGCAAGGGGGUUCUCAGCGUGAAAUUCGGAAACACCUCUCUCCCGAGUAGAUGA